CGGUACGGACUACAGAUUUGAUGACUGACAUUACGCAUCCAUCCGCGCAUACAUGGAGGAGCACGGCAUCAAAGACUCCCGAGCAGUUGUUGGAGGUUGUACAGGAGCGGAUCCUUGCACUGUAGGCAGGGACGACGUGGAGGACGUGCUUGACGAGAUGGAGGAGCGGGAGGGGGUGGAGUUGCCAGGGGAGGAGGUCGUGAUGACGUCGCGUGGGGAGGACCCUGAGAUCCGAAAGGGGAAGAGGCCGAUGGGGGAGACUGACCAGGCAGCGACCCGACCGGGGAAGAGGGUCCGCCAGUCCAAGAUCGACGAGCUCUACACUGCGGACAAGCAAUCGGUCUUCAACGACAAGUUCCUGCAGUGGAUUUAUGACUCUGGCAUUCCAUUCAAUGCGUUCAGGAGACAAUCGUGGAGGGAGGUCCGGAAGGCGGCGGAUCAGCUGCCGAGAGGAGUGCAGAUGCGAUUUCCUGCCUUUAAGGAAAUCGGUGGAGAUGGAGUGCCUGAGCAGAGGGCGAAGGUGGCGGCUUUAUUACGGGAGUUCCGAGAGUCGUUCAGCGCCACCAUCUUGUCAGAUGGUCGGAAAUCACGUGAUUAUCGACCCAUCGUGAACUUCCUUGCUGCGGGUGCCACUAGCGCCCUACUCUACGCCACAAUUUGCGGCGACGGUUCCGUACAGGAGACGGGCGCCAUUGUCUUCCGCAGGUGGAAGGCCAUCAUUGAGUCCUUCCCUGCGAAGGACGUCAUAGCUUUCUGUACAGACUCCGCUACUGCUGAGGCAGAUGGACAGAGGGUGGAUGAUGAUGUCCAUCGUCUAGAGUGGAGCCGUCAUCUCGUUCAACUUCUGACGAAGCUGGACGUUGUGUCGGCUGAUCUUCUGACCCCGUGCGUGCGAGAGGUCAGGAUGCGGCUCAUGCACUUGUUGAAGCCCGCGCACGCUGCCGCUCAUCUCCUAAACCCCCGUCGUCGGUCUUUGAGGUACUACGCGUCCCUUCACACCACGACGGAGGAUGCGAAGGUUGUACAAGAGUGUGAUGGUUUUCUCCUUGCGCAGACUGGAGGUGAUCCCACCAGUAGGGAUUACCUCGUUGUUCGUGACCAGAUGCGCCGAUUCCAUGCGCGCAGUGGAGACUGGGGUGACAGGCUGGUGUCGGAUGCCGAGGCGGAGGGUCGGCAUGGGGAUAAGGAGACGCACCAUUGCGCGGCGUGGUGGUUUGCCCACGGCACUGCCCACCCUGAGUUACGUGCUAUCGCUAUCCGUGUGAUGCACAUGUGGACGUCAGCCUCUCCCGCGGAGAGGAAUUGGGCGGCCCACGAGCGCAUUCAGACGGCAAAGCGGAGCAACCUUGGCUUCGCCAAGCUGGCACAGCUCGUUGAGAUCACGACAAAUCUCAAACUGGCUUCAUGCAGGCAGCAGGGUGGCGGCUAUGUGCUUCCGUGGGUCAUGGAUGGUGUCGACACCGAGAGACGGCUGCCGGACAAGGACGAGGAUGACGGUGACCCCGAGCUUGACGUGUGGGGGGCCAGACCUGUUGGUACGUUCACCGACCGGGAGAUCAGGAGGCAGAUCGAUGUUUUUCGCAAGGACGGCACAAGCCGUCCUCGAGAGGUUUCUGUCGUAUUCGGGGAUCGGGCGGCCACUGUGCUCCCUUUCGACCAUGUGCCUCCUCCCCCGUCCCGGGGAGCAGGAGAGGGUUCCGCGGCAGCCGCUGAGGGCGGAGAGGACGAUUGGACGGACGCAGAGAAUGUGGCGGGGGGCACAGACAGGACGGCGGAGCAGGUGUACUUCACGUACGGGGGCGGGUCGGACGGGCAUGCGCCGCGGACGUCCGUCACGGACGAUGUCAUCGGCGGGGCACAGGGUAGCGCCACUCGACACCCUCCAGCGGGUCGAUGUCGUGGCGCCGUUGCUCGCAACGUUCACCCCCGCGCGAGGAGAGUUCUAGGGGUGGAGUCGAGUGACGAGGACGAGGGAGUGGCACCUCACGCUGACCGCCUGCAGGACCCUCGGUUCGAUCCGAGCCACCACUCCAGGGAGCAUUCAGAGCAGCUUCGUCGGUCACACAGGUUGGCAGAGCGUAGCAUUCCGGCGUCCCAGCAGCCUCAGGACAUACCGGUCGCGGAGGGGACACCGUCACACAGCGCCCCCGCACAGGCUGCGACAUCCUCUCUGCGCACCAGCGAUUUCGAUAUCGCGGGUUCUCAUGGGGGCUCACCUGUCUUACGAUGUAGAGUCCAUGACAGACCGGAUUACAGUACGGAUGUGAGGGAGAGGGAGGAGACUGUUGAGGAGAGGGAUGCUCGCCUAGAUUGCAAGGAGGAGGCACGGUUACAGUCCAUGCCUCGAUGGGAGGGCAGAGAGGCGUAUGAGGCCGAGCAGCGGAGGCAGAGGGAGUUAGAGACGAUAGAAGCAGGUCCGCCAUCGAGCGUCGGACGUAUGCCGACUUCUGACACGAUGCAGCCCCCCUAUGGGCCCUCUCAUGUUGUGGGUGGUGGAGCUCACACAUGCGGAUUCCCCGUUGGAGGCAGGGGGCAGGCAGAUGUGCCAUGCGAGGGUGGUCCUGUCGGGGGUGUCGAGACAGUCGGGUCAGACACAGAAGCGGAGAGCUCCGACGACGGCGAGGAGUGUGCGGCCGCCGAGGCUAUCGUAGGCGACGUCGUGAUUGGCAUAUACGCGGCUGGCACAGAUGGAGGGAAUCAUGGAGGGGAGGAGGGGAUGGUGGAUGAGGGCAGUGUGCCUUUGCCUCAGGAGGAAUUGGUGGACGAGGGGAGUGUUCCUUUGCCUCAGGAGGAGUUGGUGGACGAGGGGAGUGCUCCUUUGCCUCAGGAGGAGUUGGACGAGGGCGAUUUGGCUUUACUUGAGGAGGAGUUGGUGGACGAGGGCAGUGUCCCUUUGGAGGGCAGUGUGCCUUUCGAGGCUUUCGUUGAUGGCGCGGCAGAGGAUGACGAGGAGGGAGUAGCGGUCGACGCAGGCCACAGUGCCCCGUCCGUGCGAGAUGGCGUGACCGGAGGGCAUGUCGAGGAGGAGGGAGCAGCCAUCGACAUGUCCCUCGCGAUUAUUGUUAGGCCCCCGUCGGUGCGAGAUGUCGAGAGAGGAGGGCAUAUUGACUCGGGCGGGCCGGGCUCUUUCUCCACAGGUGGGCAUUUCGGGGAGAUGCAUGAGUGGGAUGGCGGGGAACUGGGGGAGUGCACUCCGACCCCAUUACAUUCGGAGCAGCUAGAGAAGUUGGGGACGUAGGACCCUUUCCCGUUCACCGGUGGUCAGCCCUCGCCUCCCCUGUGGGCUCCGGUGAGCCCUAUGUGGACCGGAUCAUCGCAGUC